UUUUUCUUCUCUCAACCAUCAACAAAACAAAAAAAAAAACUUCUGCAUGGUCCGCUCACCAUUUUGAGCACACCUACUUAUAAUCUCUCAAAAUGACACAACGAAAGCCGUCCGCUGUGCAAUAUGAGAUAGACCUUCACCAACUCCCCAUCCUCGAUAGUCUCCCACUUUCGCUGCAAGACCAGCAAGAAUGCAUAAUCUGUCUAGAGGAUCUAGAGUCAGUCAACGUCAAAUCAUAUCGUCAACUGCCGUGCCAACACUUCUUCCAUCAACCGUGCAUUGACGACUGGCUCAAACGGCCGAAUCCAAGCUGCCCGCUUUGUCGGCGCACAUUCGAGCACCUGCGGCGACCGUGCAAGGCUACGACAAGGCCCGUCUCUGAUGUAGUGGUCAACAAUUGGAGCACCGUCCAGCCUCUGCCGCGAUACUUGUUGGUUGUCAGCCCCGGGUCUGGACCAGCACUGCCGGCGCAACCGGCCCCGCAAUUCUCUGUUCCCGUUCUUGUUGAUGAGCCACGCGAGGCAGCGCGACAAUCGGUCCGAGCGUGGUGCAAGAGGAAGUUAAAAGUCGGGCGGGUAGCAUGAGCGUCGCGUCGGCUCUAGCACGGUGGUUUCACACGAUGAGAUGAUUUUCAUGCAGGGAUUUUGCUGAAGCAGGAAAGACAAAGAUGACUUAUGAUUCUCUUUCAGUUCUUUGCGGGCUUGCUUUUUUUUUUUUUUUUGCUUCUUCUCUUUCUGCCAGUUUUAUUUGUACUCCCUCUUUUUUGUUACCGAGAUUCCCACCCACGUCAGAUCCUAGUUUUGAUGCCAAGCUGGAGAUUGGCCUAUUUUACGUCUUCUGAUAUUUUUUCGUCAAGUGCAUGAGAUUCACUGAACUUCCUCUCUAUGGUCCUCU